AUGGUGCCUCUCACAUUCGAUAUAUCCAAAUACCUGCUCUUGCUGGUAUAUGCAGCCCUUGCCUAUAAAGGAAUCAAGAUCAUUUAUCGCCUAUAUUUCUCUCCACUAGCCAAAUUUCCAGGUCCACGCUUGGCAGCAGCAACCAGUCUCUAUGAGUUUUAUUUUGACGUUGUGAGAGGUGGCCAGUUCAUGUUCGAGCUUGACCGUUUGCACGACAAAUACGGUCCUAUCCUCCGCAUCAAUCCCCACGAAAUACAUAUCAAAGAUCCCAGCUUUUACGAUACCGUUUACGGCGGACCAAUAAAUAAAAGAGAUAGAGUACCUUCGUUUAUUCACUCUGGAUUGCCCCGGGCAACCUUCGAGGCUGGGCCACAUGGUCUUCAUCGUGAGCGGAGGAAAUUAUUAAGUCCUUACCUUUCAACGCAAUCAGUUACAGGCCUCCAGCCUGUCAUUCAGGAAAAGGUGGAUCUGGUUUGUAGCCACCUGUCCAGAAGGGUCGGUACAGGAGAGUUUCUGGACUUGCAUUCUAUCUCCGCUGCUUUCGUCGUAGACGUGACGUCUACAUUUGUGCUUGGCCGUGCGAGUUGUUAUGGAUACUUGAAUAACGCAGAGAUAACAGAUGAAUGGAAGAAGAAUGUUACCAGCGUCUUUGAGGGGCUGGUUCUUCUCAGACAUCUUCCAUUCGUUUUUAACCCAGCACGCAGGUUUCCUAGGAUCGCCACCUUGUUGUACCCUACCUUUUUUUGGGUUGAACGAUGCGAAACGAAAAUACGACAAAGCGUGAAAUCUGCGUACGAAAAACCCGACGGGAAAUCGAUGAUAUCAACUAUUCUCUCCAACGAGAAACUACUCGACGACGAAAAAGACCUCGAACGCCUGAGGCAGGAACUGACGUUUUUGAUGAUUGCUGGGACUGAUGCGCCUUCCCAAGUAAUGGCAAUCACUCUGUUCCAUCUCCUUUGGAAUCCGAAAACAUACCAAGAACUCAAAGACGAGUUGGAUGAGGCUUUCCCUGUUCUGUCCGAUGCGAACUGGACUAAGUUAAAGAGUCUUCCCUAUCUGUCGUACAAGUCUGCCGUGUUGAAAGAGGGUCUACGACUUUCUGCCGUUGUGACAACAAGGCUUCCGCGUAGUGCACCAGACGAAGCUUUACAAUACGGGAAAUGGACCAUUCCACCUGGGACACCUAUCAGCAUGACCACCCAUUCCAUUCUACGAAGCCCUGAAAUCUAUACCGAGCCGAUGAAAUUCAUCCCAGAACGCUGGAUGGGUCCUGCUGAGGAAGUCCGUGUACUGGAUAGAUAUCUCGUUCCAUUUGCGAAGGGCAAUUCAAGUUGCAUGGGUCAAAGCAUGACCUACUCGUGGCUAUACGCCGUGAUAGGCACCGUGGUGCGCAAGUUCCAAUUGGAGCUUCAUGAAACUGACGACAAGAAUGUUGAAAUUGUUCGAGACUGUUUCAAUGGACAGACAGUUCCUGGAAUCAAUGUGAUUAAUGUCAAGGUUGCCAAGGAGUUUAGCUAG